UAUUACGUUGAUUGUAAAAAUGUCAGUUUGGGUUAUAUUUGUUUUGAUUUUUACGUGACAAGUAUCAACCAUGACAGAAGCAAAGAAAAGUUCUAAUCCUCCAAAACAGUCAGAGAAAAAAACGAAAAAACGAGUAGAUAAAAAGUGCAGUCACUUAUAUUUUCAGGAAAGAAAUUUAAAAGAAGUGCCAAAACUAUCUGCUUCCCAAGAUGUAAAUGUGAUAUAUUUAUUCACCAACGAUAUCACCAAGAUAGACAAUUUGGGCGGAAAUGCCUUUCCCAACCUCACCAGCCUUUACUUGCAAAACAAUCGUAUUUCCAAAUUAGAAAACUUAAAUUUAAGAAAUUUAAGGAAAUUAUAUAUUGGCUACAACUGUAUAUCAGUUGUCGAAGGUUUGGAAAAUUUGUUAAGUUUGGAGGAGCUACAUCUUGAAAAACAGAACCUACCAGAUGGAAUUGCUCUGUGUUUUGAUCCAAGAACCAUUCAUAGUUUAUCAAAGACCUUGCAAAUAUUGAAUAUAUCUCAUAACAAGAUACCAUCAUUCUCUAAUUUAUUAUCAUUCACUGAAAUGAUCUGUAUCGAUGCUUCAAACUGUGGAUUGGACGAUUUAGAAGAAGUUUGUGGUACUAUUAAAAACUGGCAUUACCUAAGUAGAGCGAAUUUUCAAGGCAAUCUCUUUGACAAAAACCAUAGAUACAGAGAAAAUAUUAUCGUCAGUUGUUAUUACUUGGAAAGCCUGGAUGGAAAAGAAGUAGCAGAUACAACGAGAGCGUUUCUAAAGAGAUUUGAAAAGGAAAAACGUUUACGAUCAAAGCAUACUGUCCCAGCUGUUCCAAAUUUAGCAGAUGUGGUAGAAGGUUUGCCAAAUAACUAUGCACCAGCUGUUCAGAAAGCAGUUUCUACGUCUAUUUUAAAAGGAAAAAAGUACAAUCCUCUUAAUAUAUCCACAAUAAGUGAAACGGAGGAAAAUAAUCAUAUUGCAUGGUCUAGCUUACCACAAAGAAGACCUAUGGCAAGGCAAUCAAAGACUAAAGCCAUUAAUACAGUGGACCACUCCGUUAUUAUCAAUAAAUUUCCGUAAUCAACAUUUUUUUUCUUUUUUAAAGAGAAAAUAUAAACUUUGUAUAACAAUAUAUUUGGCAAAAUUUAAUAAACUUACUCAUUUACUAAUAUA